AUGCCUUCACCUCCACCUGGAUGUCCUAUGCAUGAUCCUGAAGCAAAACAAUCUCCUCCACCUGUCAAGUCAACUUCUUCAGGGGCCAGUUGUCCUGUGGUUCACAAUCAAGAUCAACCAAAAUCAGCUCCUCCUCCAGGCUGUCCUAUGCACAAUAAUGACAAAUCUUCUGACAAACUGAAUGAACUUAACAUGAUGCCUGAAUUGACUCAACAACGACAAGAAGACCAAACAAUUGAUCUUCCGACCGAACGUAUGAUCAGUUCCAUCCCUAAAACCAAAGAUAGUGAUGCCAAAUGGGAAUACCCUAGUCCUCAACAAUUUUACAAUGCUUUGCGUCGAAAAGGUUGGGAAACUCCUGAAGAGGAAAUUGAAACUAUGGUGGAUAUUCACAACUUUUUGAAUGAAGAAGCUUGGAAUGAAGUCUUGAAAUGGGAAAAUAAAUUCAACUGUGAAUGUAAAGAAGAUCCAUACUUGACUCGAUUCCAAGGUAGACCUCGGGAUAUCUCUCCAAAGGCAAGAUGGCAUUCUUUGUUUGGUGCACCAAAACCAUUUGAUCGUCAUGAUUGGUAUGUGAAUCAUUGUGGGCAAGAACGUCGUUAUGUGAUUGAUUAUUAUGAAGCUCCUGAAGAAGUCCCUGGUGUACCUGUAUUCCACCUAGAUGUUCGUCCUGCAUUAGAUGAUGUUGAAACUAUCAUGGCAAGAUUCAAGGAAGGUUUCAAGACCAAAUGGGAUCAAUUCUUUUCUUCUUCUUCUUCUUCUUCUUGA